CUUCAUUCAGCGGGGAACAGCUGCAUUGAACAGAAGAUCCUCCAGCAGUACCAAGUGGAAGAUGGACCGAACAGCCACUGUAACCAUCCUCAUCCUCCUCCUGUGUGCCAUUGCUGCACAGGGUGUUCCAAUUCCGGGAGCGGAAGGACGGUGCAAAUGCAUUCAGAGCAGCCUCGAUGUUAUUCAGCUGGAGUCCGUCAAGAGCUUGAAAUACUUUCCCUCUGGGCCGGACUGUGAGAAAGAUGAGAUAAUUAUCACCCUGAAAAAUAAGAAGAAAGUGUGUGUGGAUCUUAAUGCCAAGUGGUUGUAUCCUCUUGUACAAGCCAUGCUAGCUAAUGCAUAAAGCUGGACUUCUGAUAUAUGUGAAGGAAUUUGUUGAGCAUUCCUCAAAUGUAUUUAAGAAGUUAAAA